UCAUGGGCCUCGGUAUGGGCCGAGUUACCCAAGUUGAUUUCGGGUCGAACACAUGGAAAUAUAGAAACCAGAGAAAAUAAACGAAAAAUUAGCAGCACGUAAAAAGCUCUCCAAAAGGCGGCAGGGUAUCCUUACAGAUCGGAAAAACUGUCGACCGGAGAAAAUAUUCUCUAUCCUCAGCAUAAUUCUUCAUCUCAGCCGUUGUCGCCGCCUGCAUGGUAUAAAACAUGGAGUAUAGAAACAAGCUGGUCUUGGCUCCAAUGGUUCGAGUAGGCACCCUGCCACUUAGGUUGCUAGCGGCUGACUAUGGUGCGGACAUAACAUAUGGAGAGGAGAUUAUUGAUCACAAACUGCUCAAAUGUGAGCGCCAAGUCAACGAUUCCUUGGGGACUAUUGACCUCGUGGAAAAGGGAACUGGCAGUGUUGUUUUCAGAACAUGCUCUGAAGAAAGAAGUCGAGUUGUAUUUCAAAUGGGCACUUCUGAUGCUGUGAGGGCUCUUAGUGCUGCUCAGAUGGUGUGCAAAGACGUUGCUGCAGUGGAUAUCAACAUGGGUUGCCCUAAGUCCUUCUCGAUCUCUGGAGGAAUGGGUGCUGCAUUGUUGACUAAACCAGAGCUUAUCCAUGAUAUUUUGACAACAUUGAGGAGGAACUUAGAUACACCUGUAACAUGCAAGAUUCGGCUGUUGAAAUGCCCACAGGAUACAGUAGAGUUGGCAAGACGAAUUGAGAAAACUGGCAUCUCUGCCCUUGCUGUCCACGGAAGGAAAGUUCCAGAUAGGCCAAGAGAUCCUGCUAAGUGGAAUGAGAUUGCUGAUGUUGUAGCAGCAUUAUCUAUUCCCGUUAUCGCAAAUGGUGAUGUUUUUGAAUAUGAUGAUUUUCAAAGAAUCAAAGAUGCAACAGGUGCAUCAUCUGUGAUGGUUGCUAGGGGAGCUCUUUGGAAUGUUUCUAUAUUCUCUCCUAAAGGCAAAAUACCUUGGGAGAAUGUGAAACGAGAGUAUGUGAGAAAGAGUAUCCUGUGGGAUAAUGAUCUCAAAAGUACAAAACAUACAUUGAAGGAAAUGAUUAUGCAUCAUUCUUGCCUUGAACUCCCCGAGGGAAAGGCUGUAAUUAGAUCAGAGACCUUGGAACAUCUUGCGCAACUUUAUGGGGAAGAAAACUAUUUUCAACAAGUUACUAAGAACAGGGGUGUCUUUGGAGGAGGAUGAAGAUGGUAUUGAUUGGGUGUUACCCUAUUUUUUUUCAGAAAUUCAUACAACCAAUUCAAGUAGUCCCUUUUCAUGUCGAUGUCACUUUAAUAUCAAACAUAAAUUACAUUUUAUGUCAUGUAUUUUUAGUAACACUAAAAUAGAACAGCUGUUGUAUGUAUCUCAAAGAAUAUAGUGAACAGGAAAGCAAUAGUAGACAGGAUGUCUCAGGUCGGUUAGGGUCUAACUCCAUUUUCAACUGAUUCUUGUGAAUUCCAUUUUUGGCUAUAUAUUCACUUGACAAUUGGGGAACA